CUGGAGAAGCGGCCGCAGCCGCAGCCGCCUCGGAGCUCUGAGGAGCUGGAGGAUCUGCAUAAGCUGCUGCACUUCCCCGAGGAGGUGGCGCUCAGGUUGACGGAAAGCGAGUACCAGCUAUUCUACCAGGUACCACCGAGCGAGUACCUAAGGCACGUGGAGCAAGAUCAGAUCGCGUUGCAGAAACCACCUGCCAGGCCACCCCCGUCGCCGAGUCGCAGCUGCAGCAACCCCAGCACCACCAACAGCUCGACCCAAACCGAGGACGAAUCGACCUGGCCUGUUGGCACGGUGUACUCCACCGUGCAGAUUCUCAUCGAUCGUUUUAAUGAGGUAAGCUCAUGGGUCACCCACGCGAUCAACAGCGGUGCCACGGUAGAAGAACGGCAGGCAGUGCUGUCCUGCCUUCUACGCGUCGCGCUAACCUGUUGGAAUACCGGAAACUUUAAUUCAGUCAUGGAGAUAAUUGCCGGUUUAAAGUCCAACAAGCUGAAGCCGUUUUGGCUCAGUGUGAACGAGCGCAUACCGGUUAUGGAAUAUCUCUCCUCCGCCCUUCUGUCUUCCGAAUAUGACCGUGCGCUUGCUCGCGCUCUCGCGAUGCCGGAAUGCCCUGUGGUGCCAUUUUUCGGAGCCUUCCUGCGCGAGCUGAAGGAAGUUAUCGAGUUCGAUAUAGAGCCCGAGCCCGAGUACAAGGAAAAUCGCGAGUCACCACGUGCUAGCGUUAAGGAGAGCGAACCUCAAGAACACGUGCCUUCCUCUGCGCCGGUCGCCAGGAUCGCCGUCGAGAGUAACACAGAGACGCCGUCGGGAUGGAGUUCGAGGAGCGCCUCCUUGAACAAACCGGAGAACCCCAUCACCCCAGCCCACAAUACAAAUUCCAUUCUCGACAAAGUCGCGCUCUUUCACAAGCAUCGGCAUGCUCGUGGCAGAGACGCGACUACCGGUUCCCUUCAUCGCACCCUGAGCGUUCAUACGACCGCGAUCGAGCAAACCUACAUGGCGGAGGAAUGCGACGAGAAUGACUAUCAUCUUGAUUUGGACUCCUACAAGCCCGUGCACCCGCUCAAAAUCGACCACGGAGUCGCUUUGUUUCCCGUUGCCGCGCCACACACUGGCAUGGAUCUCCAUCUCCUGCAGGUGCUGCAUCAUGGCACGACAUUGGUCCAUUGGGACUGUGAGGGUGGUGCCUCGAGGACAGCGUUGGUGUUCGCGCGCGUCGAUCGCGCUUGCGGCACCUUCGUAUGGGAAAAGCCACCUUGGAGUCCCUUAAAAACGGCACAAGUUGGCGGUGCCGCUCUCACAGACUUUUCGCUGACCGCGAACCCGGAGGACGCGAUACCAGCGGGCCUAGUCGGCAGGUACACGCAGCAGCAGGCUGACUGCGCUUCUGUCACUUUGGAAGAGGGAUACCUCGACCUGGGAUCGGUGAAGGAGAUAAUGAUCGGCUGUUGCGACCGCGAUCGAGAGGCUGAUCUCAGGAGCAUCUGCAAGAGAUUCGGCCUACCUGGCUCCGACUGCUGCAUCGGCCUCAUGUAUGGCUCCAAUCUUCCGGACAAUCGACUGAUCUUCCUACUUUGCCCUCCCGCUCUUAGCAAAAUAUGGUACAUGGGAUUGUGCUGGAUAUUGCGAGGCCUCAAAAGACAACAGCAGCUAACAGAUCGUAGAUCACGCUGGUUGAAAGAAAAAUAUCUCCAGCUAUACUUUUCUUACUUGGAACAGCCGAUGGAGGGCAUAGAUCAGCCGACGACGGCCGAUGCUAUUCGCAUUUUCGGCGGUCGCGACUGGACCUCGAUAGACAGCGUCGGAACGCUGUCUCCAACGAGCAGCGGCACUAUACGUAGACGAAAUGCUAAAGGAAAAAAAACCAAAUCGAUUGGCAACAUUCACAAUUUGACCAAGGAACUGAGUGUAAAACAGCACGACACCUCGACCUCGGAUGGAGGCCUGUGCGCUACACCUCGACGUCACAUCACGGGAAGCAGGGAGUCUUUAACGAGGAUUCUACCAGCGUCACCGAGAGCAAACCGAGAACGAAUCCCGCCACGUAGCCCACCACCCGGUUCCGGCGAUCGUCUCUCCAACUUGCCUUAUUCCGCUUUUCAAAGUUUGUUAUGUGUCACCAAGGAAAAAGACAAGAACGGAUCCGGUGGUAUAUCCGGAGGCUUAGAGGCCCCUUGGCAGGUGCAAGCGCGCACUACUUCGGAAAUAUACGAGAAGCAAUUGAACUUCGUGGAAUUCGUCGCGCUUUUCCGAUCGUUCAGCUUACGAGCCAGGAAGGAUUUGCGUGAACUCUUCGGGCAAUUAGCGAUAACGUGUCGUAGCCAGAGUGACGGGUCGUUAAGGGACUUUAAUAUUCGCCCGGCGGUGCUCAGGCAGACCAGUGACGCCACUCCACAAAGAAUUGGCUUGCUGACGAGAAACAACUCUAUUGACUGUCACGAAUACAAGACGGGUAGCAAUCUGGAAAAGAAACAGGUCUUUGAUGUCAUCGCGGCGGCAAGCAUAAUCAAUAAUUGCUCGGGCGUGGAUACGUCGAAAUCCCAAGUAAUCACCCUGGCGACACUCACGAAAUUUCUGGAGUCUCGACAACAAGAAAACUUGAGCGACGAUGAAAUCAAAGCACUGAUCAAGAGGCACGAACCGGACCCGGCACUUCGCACACAGUGGUGUUUGUCUUUCGAGGGUUUUGCGCGGUAUAUGAUGGACAAGGACAAUUAUGCCUUCCCGAACGAGUAUGCGACACCGUCCGAAACCGAGAUGCAGCAGCCUCUGUCGCAAUAUUACAUUGCCAGCUCUCACAAUACGUAUUUAACCGGGCAUCAACUCAAAGGAGAGUCCUCCGUGCAACUAUAUUCACAGGUGCUCUUAACCGGGUGUCGCUGCGUAGAGCUCGAUUGUUGGGACGGUGAUGAUGGAUCCCCGCUGAUUUAUCACGGUCACACUUUCACUACGAAAAUACCAUUUCGCUCGGUCGUGGAAGCGAUCGAUCGAAGCGCCUUUGUCAGUUCUCCCUAUCCUGUGAUUCUUUCCAUCGAGAAUCACUGUUCGCCAAGUCAGCAAGCUCGCAUGGCUCAAAUAUUUCAGUCUGUUUUUGGCGAGAAAUUGGUGACGAAAUUUCUCUUCGAGUCCGACUUCAGUGAUGAUCCUCAACUGCCUUCGCCUUCGCAGCUUCGUUACCGAAUCUUGAUAAAAAAUAAGAAGCUAGUGAUUGAUCCUGCCGGCCCUUUAUCACACACGCCCCUCCCCAGUCACCGUGGGAAGAUGCUUAUGUCGGAUCGCGCAUCCUCUAUGAAGCAAAUGCGGACCGACGUAAGCAGCACGUCCGUAGUUGAAUACUUUAGCGAGGAUGAAGACGACGAAGAGGACGAUGAUGAGGAUGACAACAUCGAUGAUAACUCCAUUUCGAGCUACGAGAAAUAUCUGGGUGGCGGACAAGUGCCGCAUGGUCGUUUAAAAUCAGACCCAGGAGUGGACGACAAGACGCAAAAGCAGAGCAGCCAAAUAGCCAAGGAGCUGUCGGACUUGGUGAUUUAUCUCCAAGCAAUUAAAUUCCGCGGACUAAAUACCAUGCCAGUCGUGCCGGGAAAAAUACGUCAUCAAUCGCAUACGGGACCAGUUCAGAGGCACAGCAUCGCCGGUAUAGGGCCCAGCAGCAUAGCUUCCUCGUCAGGAUCGCCGCAAUCGCUCUCGACGUCAGCCUCGAUCGCGAGCGGCGGUAGCAACAUCGAUAAUAUCUUUAGAUCCACUCGUGGAAUGCCGGCCUGCUUCCAAUGUUCGUCUCUGAAUGAGAGCUCGGCGAAAAAGAUCUGUAGAAAACAGGCGACACACGUGCUCUCCCAUGCAGAGACUCAACUCAUUCGAACAUAUCCCGCAGGGAUGCGUAUUGAUUCCACAAAUUUCAAUCCUGUAAUAUUUUGGGCUUUCGGAAUCCAAAUGGUUGCGUUAAACUAUCAGACCGAUGACGCGGGAUUAAAUCUGAACUCAGCCAUGUUCGAGCAAAAUGGUCAGUGCGGAUACGUUAGGAAACCCUCGGUAAUGUGGGACAAGGGACAUAUGAUGUACAGGCGAUUCAACCCUUGGGAGAAGGAGUUCGAUGGGCUGCAUUCUGCGCAUUUAAGUCUCACAAUAACCUCAGGACAAUACGUCUCGGUUACGAACUUCGUCGCCAGCACAUACGUCGAGGUCGAGUUGGUCGGUAUACCGAUCGACUGCGCGAAGCACAAAACGAAGGUGAUCCAGAACAAUGCGUUGAAUCCCAUCUGGAACGAGAAGUUUUGCUUCCAAGUGAUGUUCAAGGAUCUCGCCUUUCUGCGUUUCGGCGUUAUCGAGGCAAGCUCUCAUCACGUGAUCGCGCAACGCGUAAUACCGCUCAAGUGUCUACGGCCCGGCUACCGACACGUACGAUUACGAUCCUGCAAGAACAGGCCGCUAGCCCUUUCCACGCUCUUUAUUUAUUCUCGCUUGGAGGAGGAAAGCUUGGACUACAACACCUGCUGCCGCGAUCAUAAGGAGUCGUCUAAGCGUCUCUCGUCAAGCAAAGAGCCCGAGAAACUGAGCACCGUCGAUCCCGGAUCUUUGGGUGGAGUCACCUUGAAAAGACGAAUGUUCUUCUUAAUGGUCCACGUGAUCCCGGAAGGGCCGGGUACCAUCCUAAAGGUCACCCAGGAGAGUACUACGCAAGAAGUGAUGCUACAGGCGUUGCAAAAGGCCCAGAUAUCGCCGGAACACGUAGAUGAGUACAUCUUGGUGGAGGAAGUGUCCCGUGGAUGGGAGAAAAAGGACAGAGAAGAGUUACCAACUCAACGCGUGCUGGACCCUAUGGAACAUCCUCUUCAGGCACAGGACCAGUGGAAAGGGGACGGUCGUUUCCUGCUGAAGCGAGUAGGCGACGAUCCGAGCAGUAGAGCGUGGCUCGCCUCUAUCAGGAGCACGGCCGGCCACUCAAAGCUCAACGACUCCAACACGAGGGACCAAUCCACCCACACAUGGGACGAGGCGGACACCUUUCUGGUCUGCAUCUAUAACGUCUCACCGGAGAUCCCUUAUGCGAUUCUACGCGUGCCGAUAAGCAGCUCGGCGCAGGACGUGCUGGCGCAUGCUCUGAUAAAGGCCAGAAGAAUGGAGAACCCGGCUAAGUUCGUUCUGGUCGAGGAGCUGGAAUGGGGCGGCACGGGCGCGGUUGGAAGCGGAAAUCGUCAACUGAGAGUAUUGAGCGACGACGAGAACGUUUACACCACGCAGGCUUUGUGGAAGACUCUCGGCAGGUUUAUCCUCAGAGAAAGAGAACAAGCGAUUCCGAGACGGAACUUGUUGCCCGCGACCCUCGAUCGACUGGGAUUUUCUGUGGGCAGAUCCGUAUCCCUGCCAGGAUCCAGCAAAGAAAAGGUGCCUGUUUCGGAAGCACUGUCAGACCCCACUUCUAGAGGCAUGAGAGGCUAUCGGCUAAUGUCUCGUAGACGAGAGGUUCACUCUGACGGGGAAGAAUCCGAUCUAUUCAAUGCCGCUAUUCAUCUGAAGAAGGUCUCGUUCAGAAAACUAAUGAGCUGGAAGUCAUAGUGGCAGUCAAGGGCGACGUCGAUAUCAUCGAUCUUCGCCACUCGGAAAAGUCAUCUGUAAGUUCGUAGUUCAAUUCACCGUGAUCAGAAUUUAGUUCUGAUCUUGCGAAGCGUUCCCCAUGUCGACGAUCCUGUCGAGAUGUGAUCUCAAAUUGAAAGAAGAGCUUGAGAAGAUUGAAAAAUUUCACUUUGUUGAAAAUUUACAUAAUACAAGCGUACGCCCGAAGAAGUUAAAAUCUGUAAGUCUUUAAGUCGGAUGAUAAAACGCACGGUACGAUCAGAAUAAUUAAAUAUCCCAUUGCGAUACUAAAGAAAUAUCAGGCAGAAGAUGGAAAGAAAUAUCAGACAGCGUGUUUUUAUCAUUGAUCAUGCGGUGACGCGAGAAAAAUAUCUCUGCAAUAGGAAAAAAAGGAAGAAUCAAUCCCUUUAGGAAAAAACAGAAUGAUUUUUUGAAAAACAUAAAUGUCUGAAAAACAACGCGACAUUCUUAAACUCGAUCACGUACGCGAUUAUCUCCGUGAUAUUUGAGCGAAAUAUCGAAUGAACGAAAUCGCCAUCGCUGCAGAAAGCACCUUCGGCGAAUUGAAUUUUUCCCAAAACAAAAUCGGACGAUACCGCGAGAUGGAGAUUAUUACGCCGCCAUUUACAAAGAUUUUUCAAGAGUUUUAAAGAGUAUAAUAGCAUAUCUGAAGUAACGACGUAGUACAAUCAUUAAGUGGCAAAGCGACGAUUCUUGAGUCCCCUUAAGUUCGCACAAAAGCCAAGCAUCAUACUGAAUUUCGUUACGUGGCAGUAAAUUCGUAUCAGACGCGGAUCGAUACGAUCCGUAACUAUCGCGUUCGACGGAGACGCGCUGGCGCGUCGAAAAUACAAAGAAUUAAAUGCCACGGGUCGCGCCUGAUUUUAUUAUUUUUGUACAACGAAGGAAGGAGGGAGAUCACACCGGGCGAUCUCUAAACAUUUUGCCAAACGACGAUUCUAAGUGAUUCUAGAUCCGCGACACAUUCAUAACGUUUAGAUCGGAAGUGCUUCCCUAUAUUUGAACGUGUUUCCGUUUGAAAUAUAUCGGAUAUCGCCUCUGUCUAAUCGACAUACCGCAUCUCCAAAAGAAAUCCCGCAGCUUCACGUGACUUCUCGUCAUUCGUAAUAAGCAUCAUUUUUAUCAUUUACGUCGUACCUGAGGUUUUUCCAUCGAUACGCUUUCGCGCGCGAACUCUGUAAUAAAGUUAUAUAUCGCUGUUAUCGCACUUCGUUUGUUCACUCUAUUAAUGUUAAUAAUUUCUUUCUGCGUCUAGUCGACCAUGUGAUAAGGAAUCUGAGUAUAGAAUCCAAUGAGAGAGAUCAUCGUAAUGUAUAUUGGGAGUUGCUACUUAAAGAUGGUAUUUACUAUAUAUUGUUAACGCUAGAGGGUAGAUCGGUGUUGCAUUCUCGAUUACCGUCCCUCUCUCCUGACUGUUUUAGCGAGCGUAUGUAUACGUAGAUUAUAAAUACGAGACCAAGGAGUGUCGAUGGAGUGGAAAAAAAAACCGCGUCCGAACGUGCUAUCGCUCUAAUUUAAUUAUUUUUUCACGUGACGAGGCAUUCGCGCGUCGACGAGCUUCGUCGUACACUCGAGGGCCGGCAGCCUAAUUUUAUGGGAAAAUAAUUUCGCUAAUACUGUUAAUUAAUUGACUAAUGAGCAACAAUACGGAAUCUGACGUCGCAAAACAGUGAGGUCGCGAGAUAGCCUUGCCCCGUCUUCCACGUCCGAAUCGCUCUAGAUAUUUUAUAUUUUUUCGAGACGGCCCCGCAGACUGACUCUUUAAAGUGAAUCAGUACAAUUGUACGACACGGAAACGCCGAGAUUUUUUAAUGCUAUAAAAAAUAUAUAUAUAUAUGAGAUGUAUUAUACGCUCAUAUCCUUCCCCAUAUCGUGCUUCGCGACCUCACUGGAGACUCUGUAUAUUUUUCGAUACCACUUCCUUCCUUAUCCUCCAUCUCUUCGAAAAUACGUAAUCACAUAUCCGCAGAGACCAAACGGGCGAGGCAGACAAACGAGACAAGAAAUGAGAAACAAACACACACAGCCCAAUUACAUUCGUACAUAUAUCCCUGAGUGAGUAAAAAGAGAAUGAAAUAAAAAAAAAUUACACAUA